CCAUCACCUCCACAUCCUCCACCACCUCCACAUCCUCCUCCACCACCUCCACAUCCUCCACCACCUCCACAUCCUCCACCACCACCUCCACAUCCUCCACCACCUCCCCCUCCACCACCUCCACAUCCUCCUCCAUCACCUCCACAUCCUCCACCACCUCCACAUCCUCCUCCACCACCUCCACAUCCUCCACCAGCUCCACAUCCUCCUCCACCACCUCCACAUCCUCCACCACCUCCACAUCCUCCUCCACCACCUCCACCACCUCCACAUCCUCCACCACCUCCUCCUCCACCACCUCCACAUCCUCCUCCACCACCUCUACAUCCUUCACCUCCUCCACCACCUCCACCUCCUCCUCCACCACGUCCACCUCCUCCACCAGCACCACCACCUCCUCCUCCACCACCUCCACAUCCUCCUCCUCCACCACCUCCUCCUCUACCACCUAUACAUCCUCCACCACUUUCACAUCCUCCUCCACCACCUUCACAUCCUCCUCCACCACCUCCACAUCCUCCUCCACCACCUCCACAUCCUCCACAUCCUCCUCCACCACCUUCACAUCCUCCUCCACCACCUCCACAUCCUCCUCCACCACCUGCACAUCCUCCUCCACCACCUCCACAUCCUCCUCCACCACCUCCACAUCCUCCUCCACCACCUCCACAUCCUCCUCCACCACCUCCACAUCCUCCACAUCCUCCUCCACCACCUCCACAUUCUCCUCCACCACCUCCACAUCCUCCACCACCUCCACAUCCUCCUCCACCACCUCCACAUCCUCCUCCACCACCUCCACAUCCUCCUCCACCUCCUCCACAUCCUCCUCCACCACCUCCACAUCCUCCUCCACCACCACCUCCACAUCCUCCACCACCUCCACAUCCUCCUCCACCACCACCUCCACAUCCUCCACCUCCUCCACAUCCUCCUCCACCACCUCCACAUCCUCCUCCACCAGCACCACCGCCUCCUCCACCACCUGCACCUCCUCCUCCACCACCUCCACAUCCUCCUCCACCACCACCUCCUCCUCCACCACCUCCACAUCCUCCUCCACCACCACCUCCUCCACCACCUCCACAUCCUCCUCCACCACCACCUCCACAUCCUCCACCACCUCCACAUCCUCCUGCACCACCUCCACAUCCUCCUCCACCACCACCUCCACAUCCUCCACCUCCUCCACCACCUCCACAUCCUCCUCCUCUUGCUCUACUACCUCCACCUCCUCCUCCUCUUGCUCUACUACCUCCACCUCCUCCACAUCCUUCUCCUCCUCCUCCACAUCCUCCUCCUCUUCCUCCACUACCUCCAGGU